ACGGCGUUCUGUUCUUUCUGUGGUUAACAGAACAACACCGGAUCUCAAUCGUUUCGUUCGCAACACAAUCACAAUGUCGAUCUCUACGACCAUUGCUGGGCAUUCGAGCUCUUGGGCUACGGCACUCGUCAUGAUCUCCCCUUACACCUUCUCCGCCAUCGGCAUCGCCGUCGCAAUCGGCGUCUCCGUCCUCGGCGCUGCCUGGGGGAUUUACAUAACCGGUAGUAGCUUGAUCGGUGCUGCAAUCAAGGCUCCCCGAAUCACUUCCAAGAAUCUCAUUAGUGUAAUCUUCUGUGAAGCUGUUGCUAUAUAUGGUGUUAUUGUGGCAAUUAUUCUACAAACAAAAUUAGAGAGCGUUCCACCAUCAAAUAUCUAUGCACCGGAGUCUCUUAGAGCUGGAUAUGCAAUCUUUGCUUCAGGAAUUAUCGUGGGCUUUGCGAAUCUUGUUUGUGGGUGUGUUUUCUUUUUUACCUACACCUUAUUAUAUCUAUGCAGGAAAUUCCCCUGGUUUUCUGGCAGAUUGUGUGUAGGAAUAAUUGGAAGCAGCUGUGCAUUGUCUGAUGCUCAGAACUCCUCUCUCUUUGUGAAAAUUCUUGUGAUCGAGAUCUUUGGUAGCGCACUUGGGUUAUUUGGAGUUAUUGUUGGAAUUAUUAUGUCAGCUCAAGCAACGUGGCCCUCAAAAGUUUAGUUUGCCUUAUAUCAGAGUGUUUGAAUGCAGUUAAUAUAGAGCCCAGUAUGUUGUCUGUACUGCCUGCGAUUAAAGUCUUCUCUGUUUUCCCUGUUGGUAGGAAUGUAAAAUCCAGCGUAAUAGCUUGCCUCCAUUACAUCUUUAGGCUGUAUGAUUUACCAAUGAGUUAGAAUGUAUUGCGUAUCAUCAGAAAUAUUAGUCUGUUGAAUUUAAAUAUUUUUUUGGAGGACUAAAUCUUCGGUGUUUGUUCAUUUAUCAAUAAAAAUGUUAAUUUAUUUGGGCUUGUGAAUAAAGUCAACA